UAAGACGGUCCGAUUGUCGCGGAAGUGUGUAACGUACUUUUGAAAAUAUCGCCAUAAUAAUAUUACAUGACAUAAAUACAAUUAAAGAAAAAGUAAUAGAAAAAAAAAAUCAAAGAUGGCUGCCGUCAAUGGGAUAACUAUCGGGAGCGCAAACUUCAGUAAUAUAAAAACGGACCUAAAACCAAAAGAAGGAACGAACGCUGAGGAAAAUAACGAUAUUAGGAACGGCAAUGGAUACAAUGAAAACUGCGUCGACAUUAAUAUGAAUAAGUCUGAAAAAAUAUCGGAAAUUCAAGAAUUCUACAAUGGGAAAAACAUUUUAAUAACCGGCGCCACAGGGUUCCUCGGUAAGAUCCUUAUGGAAAAACUGCUGAGAUGCUGUCCGGGCGUCGAGAAUCUCUAUCUACUGGUCAGACAAAAACGGGGGAAGGACAUAUACACAAGAAUCGAAGAGAUGUUCGAUGAUCCCGUUUUCGAUCGACUUAAAGAGGAAGUGCCGAAGUUCAGGCAUAAAAUAGUCGCCAUACCAGCGGACUGUGAAGCCGCUGGCUUAGGACUAAACAUCACUGACAGACAGACGCUCAUCGAAAAGGUCCAUGUGAUAUUCCAUUCAGCGGCCACGGUCAAGUUUGACGAGCACCUGCGAGCUGCAUUGAUCACGAAUGUUCAAGCACCGCUGUACUUGUUAGAACUAGCCAAAGAUAUGAAAGGCUUGAAGGUCUUCAUGCACAUAUCGACGGCUUAUUCAAACUCUCACCUGACACACGUCGAGGAGAAGUUCUACCCUUGCAGUUCGGAAAGCGAGAAACUUCACAACAUGAUCAACAAACUAACGGAUGAUCAGAUUAAUGAUAUUUUACCAAUUAUUUUAGAGAAAUGGCCUAACACAUAUACCUUUACCAAAGCGUUGGCAGAGAAAGAAUUGAGGCGGAACUCCAAAAACGUGCCAUUAGGAAUAUUUAGACCGGCCAUCGUGUCUUCAACUGCAAGAGAACCUCUGAAAUGUUGGCUGGACAAUAUGUAUGGACCCACUGGAGCAGCUGUCGGUACAGUAACGGGGAUGCUGAGGACGAUGCAGUGUGAUGAAUCUGUCACGGCUGACAUAGUACCCGUUGACUCGGCUGUCAAUUGCCUCAUGGUCGCAGCUCAUGACGUCUACAAGCAAUUUAGAAAAAGCUCGAUUUUAGAACCACCAAUAUUCAAUUAUGUAAGCUCAGUGGAAAACCGAAUAACCUGGGGCGAGUUCACGAACUUAAACUUGGCGAUGAUUGACAAGCAUCCCUUCUCUAACGCUGUCUGGUACGUCUCCUUGACUCUCAACAAAUCGGCGGCAAUGCAUCAGAUAUAUAUGUUUUUCCUUCACUUGAUACCCGCGGCGCUGGUCGACGGAUUAGCUUUAUGUAUUGGAAAGAAACCUAAAAUGUUAAAAGUUUACAGAAAGAUACAUAAAUUCUCAUCCGUACUGAGGUAUUUCUGCACGAGAGAAAUAACUUUCUGCAAUCGAAGGACCAGAGAACUGUGGGAGAACACGUCAGAUUUGGACAAACAGAUAUUCCCGUUUAGUAUGAGUGAUGUUGAUUGGAACGACUACUUCGAAGACUACCUCGCUGGUAUCCGACGCUACCUGUUCAAAGAUAGCGACGACACGAUACCGCAGGCUCGCAUUAAAUGGAAAAGAUUAUACUAUCUUCACCAGAUAGUUCGAUUACUUUUCCUGAUGUUUGUGAUCUACGCUCUCUGGUCUAUAUUUACACGAAUCUUUUAAAUUUUAA